GGGAGAGGGACGUUUCAUCCUGUUGGGUCCACUCUCAGCUACGGCACACAGUGGACAUCGUACCCAGCUACCAGCAGUUUCUGCGGCCACCAGCUCUGAGCAACCUAGGAGGAGUAAAGAGACACAGUGGCAGCAGAAUAGCUGGGAAAACAGAGGCGCCGUCCAGUGCAAGUCUGCCCAGAUGACAAUGGAAGUGUGUCGGACAGAAGAUCGAGAGAGCUUCUUUAAGCUCAUUGACACCAUUGCCACAGAGAUCGGGGAACUUAAUCAGGAGAUGGUACAGACAGAAUUCAGUGUCCACUAUGAAGAGGAGCCCGUCAGGUGCUUGAGCAUUGAAAAAGAAAUGGAGAAAAAUGUACUGGUUGAAAAAAAAGCUUUCCUUCGAGACUCCGGAUACGAGAGUAUCGCCUACAAGCCCAGCAUCCUAGACAAACUCCUCCACACUCACCCUGUGUGGCUCCAGCUAGGUCUGAAUGAUGACAAGGUUGUAGACAUCCUGCAAGAUCAGCCGCCUGGGACCUUUGUGGUGAGGAAAUCUACAAAGCUGCAGAAGAAAGUAAUUUCACUACGAGUUCCUGAUGAGUUUGGAUCAUGUUUCCUAGAAUUUGUGAUAAGAGAAAGCUCCUACACUUUUUCCUUGGAAGGCUCCGGAAUUAGUUUUGCGGAUGUGUUUAGACUUGUCGCAUUUUACUGCAUCAGCAGGGACGUUCUUCCGUUCACUUUGAAGUUGCCCCAUUCCAUUGCAACGGCCAAGUCAGAGGCUGAACUUGAAGAGAUUUCUCAAUUGGGAAUCGACUUUUGGAAGUCUCCUGUAAACAUCAGACCAAAAUAUCCUCCACCGUCCCCCAAGCCUCUCCCCCAAAGCUACGUCAAAAGGGAGUCACAUCAUCUACCUCUUAUAAAUGGAGUGCAUUCUCUCCGCACCAGAACGCCCUCAGAACUGGAAUGUAGCCAGACCAACGGAGCUCUGUGUUUCAUUAAUCCUCUCUUCUUAAAAGUACACAGCCAGGACUCAGGGGGAAGUACGAAGAGGGAGUGCAGCACAAGAACCAAAGAAGCAAAUGGCAUAGGGAGGGCGAGAUCACCACCUCCCAGGCCCCCUCCCCCCUCCAUUAACAGUCAUCGCACAUCCCUUCAGCUGUCCAGAGCUGUACAGCAACAGCCAAACAUGCCAGAAACACUUAUUAAAAAUAAGCUUGGGACCUUCGACUCUCCUCCAAUUGCUACCCCCAUCCCUCCUCCUCGCUUGAAGAAACAGGCCACCAUUAACAGGUGGCAGAACAACAACCAGACCCCAUCACUGAACAGUUCCUGCAGAUCUUCUUUUGAGUCACAGACUGAAGAAUCUCCACCGCAGAAGACCAUGCAGAACAUAGACUUGAGUCAGAAUUCCCCUGUGCAAGGCACACUGCGCAUACAGCGCUUGAGUGACAUGAGCAUUUCAACCUCAUCGUCAGACUCCUACGAGUAUGAGCGAGUUGUGCCCGCUUUUUAUGAAGGUGACAGCUUGGAGGAUUGCGAGGAAGAGAGCGAUCAGGAGAGCAUGGCACCACCAGUGAAGUCCCGGAAAAAGAGGGGGACGCCUUUGGGUUUCUCCAAAAUCAUGAAAACCCACCUUCGCAAAGUGAGUGGAGUGUUCAGCUCCUUUGUGACGCCGGAGAAGAAGAUGGUUAAAAAAAUAGCAGCUCUGUCCCGGGACAAGCGCACUUAUUUUGGGUGCCUUGUUCAGGAUUACAUCAGUUUCCUUCAGGAAAAUAAGGAAUGCCACGUCUCCAGCACAGAUAUGCUGCACACCAUCCGACAGUUCAUGACACAGGUUAAGAAUUAUUUAUCACAGAGUUCCGAACUGGACCCUCCAAUCGAAUCCUUGAUUCCAGAAGAUCAGAUAGAUACCGUCCUGGAGAAGGCCAUGCACAAGUGUAUCUUGAAGCCACUGAAAGGAUAUAUUGAGAACAUGCUGAAGAGCUUCCGCACAACAAGUGGGGCUUGGAGGGAGCUGAAGGAAAACCUGCUGUUGGUAAAACAGAGAAGCCCUCAGGAGCUGGGAGUCCUAACUCCAACACCAGAAUCAGUGGACGUGGAAAAGAUCAAAAUCAAGUUCUUCACCAUGCAGAAGAUGUACUCUCCAGAAAAGAAAGUGAUGCUACUAUUGAGAAUCUGUAAACUCAUAUACACAUGCAUGGAGAAUAACUCAGGAAGGAUGUAUGGCGCUGAUGACUUUUUGCCAGUACUAACUUAUGUCAUUGCUCAGUGUGACAUGCUGGAGAUUGACACUGAAAUCGAAUAUAUGAUGGAGUUGCUGGAUCCGACUCUACUGCAUGGGGAAGGUGGCUAUUACUUGACAAGUGCUUAUGGGGCACUUUCCUUAAUAAAGAAUUUUCAGGAAGAGCAGGCAGCGCGAUUAUUAAAUUCAGAGACCAGAGAUACAUUGAAACAGUGGCACAGGAGAAGAACCACGAACAGAACCAUUCCAUCCAUAGAUGACUUCCAGAACUACCUGAGGGUGGCCCUGCAGGAAGUGAACAGUGGAUGUACAGGCAAGACGCUAAUAGUUAAGCCUUACACGACUACAGAAGAAGUCUGCCAGAUGUGCGCACAGAGGUUUAACAUCAAGGACCACGAAAUUUAUGGCCUAUUCCUUUUCAUUGAUGACACGUGGCAACAGCUCAGUGAGGACACUUACCCACAGAAAAUUAAAGCUGAGCUUCACAGUCGGCCAAACCUCCAAGUCUAUCAUUUUGUGUACAAGCGUAUCAAUUACGACCCUCAGGGGAUCAUCAGUUAUAAUGAUGAUGACAACGAUGAUGAUGAUGUAGAUUUCUAAAAAAUCAUCCCAAAACAAAUAGUUUUGCACUCAGAAUGGCUGUCUGCAUCUAAUACAACUCUAGAGGUGGAAUCUUGCUGUAUUGGGCAUUGUGUGCUGGUGUGCACUUAAGUAAGUGUCAGGGGCCAGAAUAUGGUGAUGUGAAAGUCGUCUUGCAAUCAACAUGGCAAGGAUUCCUGGAUUGAGCACUGACAGGGCUUCUUCUGAUCCUAUGAACAUUGUUUGGAGUUAUGGACUAAUGAGGAGUUUUAGCAUUUGUCACACUAUGUGAUGUUGGGUGCUGCUGGUUUUAGCCCCUGUACACGGACAGUACUCAAGGACUGAAGCAUUGUGCCUGUAUAUUUUUAAUUUUUGAUAAACGGGUUUGUUUUUUUCAAGGAAUAGAGGGAGUUUGGGGGAUGAGGGAGACCUACGUAUUGGUAGCAUUUAUUGGCACUGAAACUGAAUUUGUCAAUGAAACACGCACCAUAACUCCUCCAAUAGGUGUAAAUAUCCUGGGGUGCAAAGGUGUUUUCUCCGAUGAACUGUUCAUUUGUAAAAAAAACAAAAAACUUUAGGAGUGGAGUUUGUCUUUUGUAUUAUGUAUAUAUUAUGUAUUUUUGUAAAAAUAGUAAGUCAGUUUAUUUUAUAAGAGGCUGUUUUUAGUAUUGUUGAGGCUUUAUUUUAAACCUUGUGGUUUGUCAAUGGCUAUAUGGUAGAUGGCUUUUAGAACAAAUAAAAUUGAUAAUGUGCAUCACUGGUGAUGUCACUAGGCAAAACAAGCUGAUAUGGUUUCUAGGGUACCUAUCUGUCCACUAUACAUCUCUCUGAUUCUGCCGGUAAUGUCUUGAUGUUUACUUAAGCAGUAAUUUUAUAUUUUUUUAAAUUGCUAGUCACCUUGGGAAUAGAUAAAACUGAAAGAACAUAAAAUGUAUGGGUCCACUUUUCUCAAAGGGAACAGUAUUUGGAAAAACAUAUGACUUCAAAGCACCCCCUUGUAAUUUUACGACACCAGGCGGGAGGUAGUUACUUGACCAGCGGUCAUGAGAUUGCUGGUCACAAUACCGAUGCCAGAAUCCCGACUCCUUAAAGUCCCAGCAGUCGGCAUGCCGAGUAACAGGGACUAUUCCCACUCGUGGGUGUCCAGCACACCCAUAGAGAGGGAAUAUAACACUUGCCACCGAGCCCGUAGGGGGCUUCGUUGCGCACGCAUGCCCACACAUACCCAACCCCACCAGGCAUGUCAUAAUAGUAACACAUGAAACCACUGGGGUUUCUGGUUUUUUCCUGAUGACAGUGACUCACAGCAAGGUUUUUAAACUCUCUCAUAGGGGCAGAUGUAUUAACCUGGAGAAGGCAUAAGGAAGUGAUAAACCAGUGAUAAAUGCAAGGUGAUACACGCACCAGCCAAUCAGCUCCAAUAUGUAAAUGAACAGUUAGGAGCUGAUUGGCUGGUGCCUGAAUCACCUUGCAUUUAUCACUGCUUUAUCACUUCCUUAUGCCAUCUCCAGGUUAAUACAUCUGCCCCAUUGUGUGAUUAAGUAUAGCUAUAGUGCCAUUUUCUUCUCAUGCUACUAGCUGGCAUGUCUCCCACAUCUGUCUCUUUUGUCAUUGUGCAUUCAGAAUAUGCUAAUUCUGGCAGAUAAUAUAGAUCUCUAAUACAAGUGAUAUAAAGUCUUGUUAGUAAUAUUUGUGUAAUACACAAGCAAUGUAUGUAUGAACUCCUGUAAAUAAUAUCUGUAUAAACAAUGUGUUUUGAGGUCAUCGCUUAGAAUCUGUGAGUUCUGAUCAUCAUCACUUCAGUAUUGUGUAUUACACAGGUUCUCAAACUCGGUCCUCAGGACCCCACACAGUGCAUGUUUUGCAGGUCUCCUCACAGAAUCACAAGUGAAAUAAUUAGCUCCACCUGUGGACCUUUUAAAAUGUGUCAGUGAGUAAUUAAUACACCUUUGUACCUGCUGGGUUACCUGCAAAACAUGCACUGUGUGGGGUCCUGAGGACCGAGUUUGAGAACCACUGGUGUAUUAUAUUGGAUAAUGUGGCCUGUACAUUAUUAUGGAUAUUAGUAGUCACCUCAGAUUUCUGUGGCCUAUAAGGAAGCAGUCUGCCUUGUGGUUUAAUAUGGUCACUGAGCUCCUCCAUGACUUUUAAUAGUGAUAUCAUUUACAUUGCAAAAUGCAUUAUAUAGAAGCAAUCCGUACUGAUGUCAUUGCUUAUAAUCUCUGAAUUCUGAUGUCAUCACUGCAGUAUUUAUUAGGAAAUCUUAUGUUCUAUAAGGCAUAACAUUCUCCCUACAUUAUCUUAUUAAAGAUAUUACAAAUCACCUUGUGCUUUGAUACAAAACUCAUAGGGAGGAUCUAUUAAACCUUCCAAAGAGGACAAGUGGAGAAAUUGCCCAUAGCAAUGAAUAAGCCACUGGCUAUCUUUUAUUAAGUACAGUCUGUAAAAUAAUAGCUAUGUAAUAGCUGGUUGGUUGAUAUGGCAACUUCUCCAUCUGUUUGAUACAUCUCUUCCUUAGUGACUAAAAGGAGGAGAUUCAAAAUGUUUUUUUGGUGCCCAAAGUAAAUUACGUGUCCUAAAUCACCAGGUACAUCUAAACUGGACUAAAAUAGUGGCUGCAAUACCAAAAGUCCACUUCUUGCACAUAUCUGUAUGCCACCUCAGGAGGCUGCGAGCAAUAAUGCCAGCGCCAGCAGUGAUCGUGCCUGAACGGCAGCACAAUUGAAUUGCUGCCAUCGGGCACCAUCCAGUGGCGGGCACCUAGAAAACAACUGUACCACCCUCUAAAAGUAUCUGUAUAAAUUUUCUUCCUGGAAACCCUGACGUGGGUUUUUGUAAAAGGCAAUUUAAACAAAACACGCUAUUUAUACUGUAUUUCCCACACUUUUAAAAUAUGUAUUAAUGUUACUGGAAUUAUCUCAUCUGUCUCCAGCCUUUGUUUGACUACACUGUUUGAUGCAGUGCAUCAGAGUAAUGUUACCUGGUUAUUAUGUAAAAGUUUUAAAACAUAAUAAGAAAGAAACAAAACUACUAUAGUUUAUCAUAGAUAUGUUUUGUAGAAAGUUCUAUGACAGUUUCGGGUAAACUGUAAGGGUUUCUUUUUAUUUUAACUAUAAGUCAUUACUGUGCAUGUGAUUAACAUUUAAUAUAUAAAGAACAUGUUAUCUCUUGCUGGCUCUAGAGCAUCACAUCUAUAUGUUUAAUGGAUACUUUUUAAUAUAACGCAAAUUGUUUGUAGGCAAUUUUUAUUUUAUGAGAUUCAGUUUGUUUCUCAAUUUGUAUCUUUCAUUGUGUUUUUUUAGAAGGUUUUGGUGUAUGUGUUUGGUAUCUUUCUUGUCUAUGUAUCUCAGCUGUCAGAAUGAAUCUGUUACAUAUGGCAGCCCCAAUAUAGCAGGGAAGAUAUACCAGUAACAGAGGGAAUAAAUGCAAGUGGAAAAAAAAAAUGGAAAAAUGCACUGCUAGUUUUAUACGAUCUGACAAGAACCACCGCACAAUUCCAAAAGCCAAAAGUCACAGACUUAGGUGAACAUUUACUAAGCAGUGAUAAGAGUGGAGAAGUGAGCCUGUGGAGAAGUGCCCAUGGCAACCAAUCAGCACUGAAGUAACAUCUAUAAUUUGCAUACUAUAAAAUGAUAUAGAGCUACUGAUUGGUUGAUGGGGCAACUUCUCCACUGGCUCACUUCUCUGCUCUUAUCACUGCUUAGUAAAUGUCCCCCUUAUUUUUGUAAACUAGGUGUCUACUGUAUGUACUAAGCCUUGGAGAGAGAUAAAGUGGACGGAGAUAAAAUACUAACCAACCAGCUCCAGUCAUGUUUCAAACACAGCCCGUAACAUGGCAGUUAGGAGCUGAUUGGCUGGUACUUUAUCUCCGUCCACUUUACAUAAGCUGAUUUCAGCCCAAUAAAUAUGUGGGUUUCAAAUUUUGUGAAAUUUCAGCAAUUCAAAGAUAUGGGCCCUCCAGUGUUUGCAGAAAAACAUCAAUGUGUUUAUAUGGCUUAUAGCUUAGCCAAAGAAAGAAAUAGCAUUUCAGCCAUGGCUCUGUCAUUUCUAUAAUCUCAUCUGGUCUUGAAUUAGUAACUUCCAAAAAUAAAAAUUAUGAUGAAAUACACAACUGAAAUCCGACACCCAUCAGUCAUGCUUCGAACUUAGGGCCUGAUUCUGAGAUGUACAGUACAUAAACCUGAUAGUAUCUGUACAUCUCCGAUGGCGGUGUGUGGUGUGUCCUCCCAUGUAGUGCCCCCUGAGCCACAGCCUGAUUGACAGGCUGCAGGCAUAGGGGGGGGGGGAGGGGGUGAAGCUGGGCAGCAUUCACAAAAAUGUUAUCCCAUUUCCUAAGGGUGGUAAGACCAGGGUCUGCUUCUUCUGACACAGAUUUCCUGGCCCCAGCAGCAUGAACAGCCCAGCUAUUCUGCGAAACCUGAGGGUUACUGUGUGGGGAAAAUGCAGAAUAAUUGAAUAGCUCUAGCAUUAAACCCAGAGCUUUUUGUGGGACACUACGAACUUAUUUGGAUAUGCCCAAAUAUGAUAAAAAGGGAAAGUUUAUCCACAGAAGCAGGACCAUAGGGAGAGGUGAGGAAAGGCACCCUGCAGCCAGUAAUGCUGCUUCAGCGCUGACAAAAGGCACUCACCCUUUAGAUCAGUGGUUCUCAAUUAUUUUUUUAUUACAGCACCCUAGGGUGUCAGAAUUUUUUUCAUGGCACUCCUAGGCCAAAAGUUUCUUACUGAGAAAUUUAGAAAUAAAUAUUAAAUGAAGUAAAUUGUGUUAUGUUGUGUGGUGUGGGACAAGAUUUGCUUUGGUUCAUCCACUUUGUUUAUGAUUGGCAGCCACCAGCACUGGUUUUGCCUAUUACAUUGACCAUACAUCAUUUUAAUUGGCCCUGGACCACCAAUCCAAGGCACCCCUGCACGUGUCUCGAGGAACCCCAGGGUGCACAGCACACAGUUUGAGAACCACUGCUUUAGAGUGUAGUGCUACCGGGCAGCCCUUCACUUUCUCCUGAAAGUGGCUCUGUCCACUCACAUGAUAUCAGAUUUUCAGAGGCGGAACAGGUAGGCAGUGGGCUCUGCUCCAGCGCUGCACAGGGUAGUCAGUGAGGACUUCUAAUAUGCAUAGACAGUAUUUUGACCAGCAUUUUUAAUGCCAUAUGCAUAAUUGCAUUGCAUUUUCAGGUAUCUUAUUUUGUCUAGGCGUAUGAAUCUUGUCAAAGGACAAUUCUACAAAUUAAAAAAAUAUAACCCUUAAUUAACUGCACAUACACAAAAAAUAAAUAAAGGCUGGGGCAAUAUAUUUGGAGCAGCAGUUGGGGUCAGAUAUUGAAAACUUACUACUGGUGUGCUCAUAUCACUGAGUGUGAGUAUUGCAGUUCUGAGCACACGUCUUGUGUGCUUGAUAUUUGCAUCACAUGCCUUAAAUUAUGGGGGGCCACACAAUGGAAGUAUAAUACUUGUGCUCUGUGGGCAUGAGUGUGUUUAGAGCUGUAAUAACACUUCAUAUAUAUUCUAAUAUUAAAGAAACCCAGUAUACUGUACAGUAUAUUACUAAGCAAAUAACAAAUCUAAUUACAACUAGACCCUGUUAUUUCCAACUUUAAAUGUUGUCAUCUAGUUCUAGGUGCUUUAUUUUAAAGUACUUUUGAAUGUGGCUUGAACAUAAUCAUAUUAAUUUCACGGUAUAUAUAUAUAUAUUUUUUUUUUUAAUGUCUUUCUUUGGCUAUUAAAAAAAUCCCCAAAAAGAUUUUGAGCAAUAUCCUUAGUACAUUGGCAAAUAUGUUAUAUGCUAAUUUUUUUGUUACAAGUAAUAAAAUCAAUACAUACAAUUGAAACCUAAAAGCUUAUGUAAAAGAGCACCUAUAAAUAGAAUCACUGGAGCAGAACCUUUCAAUAAAUUUAUUAUGAAUAAGGGACUGCUAUGGGCACCUUGAUCUGACCUUGAUACUGUAAUUCUCCACCUUCCCAAGUUCAUUAUCACCAGCACUGAAAAAGAUUAUAGAUGGAAUUGGUUAAAGUUCUACAUAACUCUUGUUUGGCAAGAGCAGUGGCACAGGAAAAGAAUGUAGUAAGUGGUAAUAAGUGAUGAAAUAUAGGACUGUAUCAGUACUGUACUAGUCUGCUGGCUCAGACAACACACAAAAUGUAAUGGAAGAAGUUUUGAUACAAAUCUUGAAAUGGGUUUGCUGGUACAUACCCUGUAAUCCUGUUAGAUUGUACAACAUACUUAUAUGACUUCAUGAAAAUAAAAAACACUAAUUAUUUAAAGUCAUUUCAUUGUAUGUAGUUUGCUUUUACAAUAAAGAAAAAAAUAUAUUAAAAAAAAGUGUUUCUUUUCAUGGAACAAAAUGAUGUAUUCAAAAACAGAAAAAUGUGUUUUCAGUCUGUAUUUUGGCACAAGUAAAUGGGGACUUGUAAAUGGUCAACUUAAUAAAUUAGACGAGUCUCCCAUACAUUCAAAUGUCUUGUGAUAUGUAUGUAUUUUGCACAUAAUAAACUGUAAUGUUGUUUGGAUAA